AUGAACCUCAUUUCUUCGCUUUGGGAACUCGACACUACGGAACGAGCCGACGCAUACCUAACCAGCCUCGCCAGACCAAUCCGCCUCCAAAACUACAUUGAAAAUAAUUAUUCAGAUCAUUCAGAGCCCAGCCACUGGAUCGACUCAUUCAACCCUCGAACUGGCGAAUUAUUGGCACAGGUCCCUCGCAGUGCGCUAUCCGACGUCGAUCAUGCUGUGGAUGCCGCCUCACGGGCGUUCCCGACAUGGUCGCGAACCUCGCGACAAGAGCGUUCAGAAGUUCUCCUCCGGAUCGCCGGUAUCUUGAGUGAGAAGAAAGAAUUAUUUGCUGUUUGGGAGAGUAUUGAUCAGGGGAAGACUAUUAGUCGUGCCCGUGUGGAGGUUGACCGCGCGAUUUCUAAUUUCCGAUACUUUGCAACCUACAUUCUCCAUGAAGAAGGUGCAGUUCGCUAUGUUGACGGCCCGGUGUCCACCAUGACUUAUGAGCACCGGUCGCCGGUGGGUGUUUUCGCUCUAAUCUCGCCUUGGAACAUGCCGCUUUACCUCCUGACAUGGAAGAUUGCUCCUUGCAUUGCAUUCGGAUGCACUGGGGUGGCAAAGCCCAGUGAAGUGACUAGCAUGACUGCAUUCUGUGAGUUAUUUCUCUUCGUACAACAAUAUUCCGAUAGACGACUAAUUCGAAAGCAAGUGCUUGGAGAGGUCUUCCGACAAGCGAAACUCCCGCCUGGCGUGAUGAACAUUAUCUUUGGAGACGGACCUGGCACAGGCUCAGCUCUCGUCAAGUCUCCUCGUGUUCGAGGAGUCUCCUUUACUGGUGGCACGGCUACGGGAAUCCGCAUUAGACAGGAUACUGUGGCUGAUAUUGGCAAGCAUCUGUCACUGGAACUGGGUGGGAAGAAUCCUACAUUGAUAUUCGACGAUGUUGAUCUGGCUGAGGCUGUACCACUAGCUGCUCAGGCUGCAUUUGAAAAUAGCGGACAGAUAUGCCUCUGCGGCUCUCGGAUCUACGUCCACCGCGCCAUCUACGAGAAUUUCCUGUCGAAGUUGGCGGAUUAUGUCCAGAAGAACUACCGCUGCGGAGAGACUAUUGGGCCGGUGGUCUCCCGGGAGCAUUAUACCAAGAUAUCAUCCUAUCUCAAACUAGCCAAGGAGGAGGGCGCCGAAUUUCUCACUGGAGAAGUUCCAUCGGUAGUGGCCCAGCAGGGUUUCUGGAUCACUCCAACCGUGUUGAGUAACGUACGGACCGACAGUCGCAUUAUGCGGGAAGAAAUCUUUGGACCGGUCGUUACAGUCUCUCCUUUUGAUACGGAGGAAGAGGCCAUUGAACUGGCAAAUGACAACCCGAACGGUCUGGCAAGCAUUCUCAUGACCAAGGACCUCUCCCGGAUGCGCCGAGUCGGAGAGAGAAUCGAUGCUGGAUUGGUAUGGGUCAAUUGUUGGCUGGUACGUGAACUUGGCACGGCAUUUGGGGGAAUGAAAGCAUCUGGCAUUGGCCGUGAGGGAGGGUCCCAAAGCCGCGAUGUGUUUACCAAUUUGCGAACUCUUCAUGUUCGAUAA